GUGAUAAUUUCUGUCACGGAUAGAAACAAUCAAUGUAUUGUAUCUGCUAAAAAAUAAAAAAACGAUGCAUUAUAAACAAUAUAGUAACAAUCUCGCAAAAAGAUCACAACUUCCAAAUGACCUUGUAGAGGUUUUGAAAAUUGUUGCCUUCGUGUCAGCGAUGGCCUUUCAUCUGUGUUCUUCACCUUGUAAUUCAACCACUGAAUCAAAAUUCAGCUUCUCAAAACUGAGUUUGGUUUGGCAAUCUUAAAUAUCAGCCAGCUGAAAGCUUGUUUGCAGCUUUGCCUCCUUCGCAAGGCAGCACAAGAUGGAUACUCUGCCACCCCAGCGAAGAAUACUUCUCCCUCCAUCCUCUUAUUCCUUAAUUAUAGGACACGUACAAGGCAGCCAGCCCCUUUCCUCAAUAAACAGCAGCCAUCGUUUGUUUCAGAAUUACCGCUGCUGGGUUCACUAGUUGAUGAAGAGAUGGGUCAAUCUAUGAUGAAAUUGGCUCCUGGAAGUGAGCAUAACAAGGACAAAGAUAUAGCUGCUGCCAUUGAAGAAUGCUACGACAAGUAUUUCACAGACACUAACCAGGAACUGGGCUCGGCUGACUUCUACGCCGCUGUCUGCAAAACUGUCGAGGAGAUCAACAAGAAGCUCAAUAGCACACAGUUCCGAGUCCCCGACAAAGAGAAGCUCAAACAAGUCUACAAUGCUCACUACAAAGAUGACAGCAAGAACAAAAAGAAGAAGGCAUUGUCAAGGGAGGAGUUCCAAAAGGUGCUGGAAGAGAUCAUCAUUGGAGCAGGCUUCACGGGGUUUGGAUCGAAGAACAUCUUCCUCUACAUAUUCGGAGUCCCCGCAGCUGCCCUGUUCAUCAAACAAAGGAUAGCUCCAACAGCCGUCCCCAACGAUGUAUUUAUACCGGGGAUCACCUCAGCCACCGUCUUCCUCCUUGCCAAACUCAACAAAAUAUGAUACACCAUACCUCCUCCGUUUUCUAUUGUACAUUCACCAUGGUUUGACUGUAUCAUCAUGAACUCAAUUCAUAAAUGGACUGCGAAUGAAAUUGAAUACUGACUAACCUCAAAUAGAAGGGAACUUGGGAGGGAAAUUUCUAGAUGAUGUAAUCCGACCAGCCCGAGAUGAAUGAUGUAUGAUCCAUGGAUUCCCCCGGGCAUUCCUCGUGCUUGGACGGCGUCUCCUUCCCUCCGACCAGCCUCGCUGGGUUCCCAACGGCGGUGGUCCGCGGCGGCACGUCGAUCAGAACCACGGACCCUGCCCCGACCUUCGCUCCUUCUCCAAUGCUGACAUUCCCUAGGAUCGUCGCCCCGGCGCCUAUCAGGACUCCGUCGCCGAUCUUCGGGUGACGGUCGCCGGAAGCUUUCCCCGUUCCCCCGAGGGUAACGUGAUGCAGGAUCGACACGUUGUUACCGAUCACCGCCGUCUCGCCGACGACCACGCCGGUGGCGUGAUCGAACAGAACCCCCUUCCCGAUCCUCGCCGCCGGGUGAAUGUCGACGGCGAAAACGUCGGACACUCGGGAUUGAAGCGCCAGAGCUAGCGGCCGCCGGGAUUGCAUCCACAGCUUGUGAGCCACACGAUGCGCCUGCGAAAGAAACCAAAGGGGGGAAAAAUUUAGGGAUUUCAUUUGUACGAAUCGGCCGGCA